CGAUCCGAGCGAUCCUGGCCAGUUUCGAACUUGCAGUUGCUGCGCGCGCACGGGUUUUUUUUCGGUCUGCUGCCUGGUAAGAAAAAGAGGACCUAUCGGUUUCGAUUGCCAUUGGGUGUCAAUCAUCAACUCUGUUUUUUAUUGAUUUGAGGGGAACUUUUUGGAAUUUGGAUUUCCCAAUUCGGCGGUUCGGGUUUGCAUAAUAAGACAAAUUAAUUUCCAAUUUUCGGUGCUGUGCUGUUGCGGGUGAUUUCGGUUUUGUGGCAAUUUUUGAUUUAAUUGCAGUGAGUUAUUGCUAGUGUUUUGCGCCCUCGGUGGAUACGAUUAACGCUGCUCGAGUGACGGUUUUGAUCGUUUGAUUUUGGAGCAAGUACACACUUUCCCUCCGGGGGUUGUGAACCACUUUUUUGUUCUCAGUCGAAACAUUGCGAAGGUGUGCUCAAAAUGGGUGCUGGAAGUGCGUUUAAGUGUUUUGAUAUCCUGCAAAAUGAUGUUUGAUGCUUGCUUGCAUCACCAAUCCGGACAGAACAGGAUCCUUUUUUCGGUGGAAAAGGUCGGUCGAGCAGGAAAAUCGAAAGUGAUUGUAGCGAGAAAGGUAGUUAAGAAGAAUACACCUUUCGGGUUUUGUGUUUUUGGUGCGUUUUGAAAAGGAACCGACGAAAGUGUACACAGUUGGUUUUGUGGCCCUUCGUGGAAUUAUCCUAACUCAGUGCAACAGGUAUCAAAAUACCAGGGCAAAGUGAAUGCAGGUUGAAGCGUGAACCGAAGCAAACGAGUGUAAUUUUCGAAAUUAAUGAAUUAUCAAGACCAGCGAGUGCAACCGUCGAAUAGCUUUUAGAUCGGAAGGCUGCCGGAUUAAUUGCAUCGUCGACGUAGGUACCGACCCGUCAGAGGGUCAGAGGGGAACGGAGUAAACCGAUUAGGGAAUCGAUUUACGUUGGUGCUUUACGACAUUUUAACUAUUCUUUCACCGGUCUGGUUGGUGGACUCAUUUGGUGAGAUUCCGGCGACGAAGGCGAACUACGAAACUCAGUCAAGAUGACUUGUGGGAUCUCAUGUGUGGACAAGGCUCUGAAUUGGUCUUUCUACAAGCUGGGUAUGUUCAUCGGACGACACCCGGGAUACUUCAUUAUCGUGCCGGUGCUGCUAACGUUGCUGUGUAUGACUGGGUACCAACAGAUCCGGUACGAAAUCGACCCCGAGUACCUGUUCUCGCCGAUCCGGGGCGAGGGCAAAGCAGAGCGUGCCAUCGUCGAGCACUUUUUCAAGGUCAACUACACACAUCGUUUCAACGUGGGCCGUAUCACCCGGCCGGGACGCUUCGGCCGAGUGAUCAUUACCUCAAAGGACGAAACUAAGAACCUGCUGCGGCGAGAAGUUUGGGAAGAGCUCCGGUUGCUGGAUGGAAUCAUCCAGAAUGCAACCGCACAUUACGACGGGGAAACCUUCACCUAUCGGGAGGUAUGUGCUCGAUGGGAGAACGAGUGCUUCCUCAACGACAUCCUCAACCUAGACCAGAUUAUUGAUGAGGUGGAGGCGGGCGAGCUGAAUCUCACCUUUCCCAUUAUGUUCAACCCGGUCACGUGGGAUGCGCACGUUUUUCCGGUCUUCUUCGGCGGGACGCAAGUGUCGGAGGACAAUCUCAUAAUUUCGGUACCGUCGCUGCACUUGGUGUACUUCGUGACGGCCGACUCCAAAAAGCAGGACGCACGCGGUGCCAUGUGGGAGGAAGCCUUCCUCGAUGCGGUCGGUUACGCGGAAGAUAAUGGCGUGUUCAAGCAUAUUAUGGUUGCCCGGUUCGCGUCGCGUACGCUCGAUCACGAGCUCGAACGGAACACCCGGACGGUCGUGCCGUACUUCGGGUCGACCUUCCUCCUGAUGGCGCUAUUUAGUGUGAUAACUUGCAUGAUGGGUGAUGUGGUGCGCUCGAAACCGUGGCUUGGACUGCUGGGUAACCUGUCGGCGGUGAUGGCAACGUUGGCCGCCUUCGGACUGGCCAUGUACCUUGGCAUCGAGUUCAUCGGCAUCAAUCUGGCGGCACCGUUCCUAAUGAUCGGUAUCGGAAUAGACGACACGUUCGUGAUGCUUGCCGCCUGGCGGCGAACCUCGUUCAAGCUGUCGGUGCCGGAGCGCAUGGGUCACAUGAUGUCCGAGGCGGCCGUCUCGAUCACCAUCACCUCCCUGACCGACAUGAUCUCGUUCUGGAUUGGCAUCGUGAGCCCCUUCCCAUCGGUGAGGAUCUUCUGCAGCUACAGUGGCUUCGCGGUGUGCUUCACCUUCCUGUGGCACGUGACGUUCUUCGCCGGUUGUAUGGCCGUGUCCGGAUACUGCGAGCAGCGGAAUUUGCACGGAACGUUCGGCUACAAGGUGCUGCCGGAGUCGGUCGCUAUCAAAGAGAAACGAUCAUGGCUGUACCGUAAGCUCAAUACCGGCGGAGUCAACCCGAACGAUCCGGACAACCCGAUUGAUAACCGGGAACAUACCCUGAUGAAGUUCUUCCGUGAUACGGUUGCCGACAUUCUCAACCGAGGCUGGGUAAAGGCGAUAGUCAUUCUGAUCUUUGCAGCUUAUCUUGGUGGAGCCUGUUUCGGAUUGACCAAAAUCACCGAGGGACUGGAACGGCGAAAGCUCUCCAAGGAGGACUCAUAUUCGGUGAAAUUUUUCGACCUGGAAGAUGAGUACUACCGCGAGUUCCCGUACCGAAUCCAGGUGAUCGUGACUGGAGAUUUGAAUUACUCGGAUCCUACCACGCAGAUGCAGAUUGAGGAUUUGAUGCAAUCGCUGGAGAACACGUCCUACGUCACGUCACAACUGUACAGCGAAUCAUGGCUGCGAUCGUUUAUCUCGUACGUGGACAGGAAUAAUGACUAUUUGAAUCUGACGCUGGACAGCGAGCAGGCGUUCCUCGAUGCGCUUAAAGAGAUAUGGUUAUUCCCUGCCAACCCCUUCUCGCUGGACGUGAAGUUCAAUGACAAUGGCACCCGCAUCCUAGCGUCACGUUUUAUGAUACAAGCUGUUAACAUCACCGACACCAAUCACGAAAAAGUGAUGGUGCGAGAUCUUCGUCAGAUUUGCAAGGACUCACCAUUGAAUGCCACCGUUUUCCAUCCCUACUUCGUGUUCUUCGAUCAGUUCGAGCUAGUCCGACCGACAUCGAUUCAAUCGAUGGUGAUCGGAGGGUUGAUCAUGAUGCUGAUCUCGUUUAUCUUCAUUCCGAAUUUCCUUUGUUCGCUGUGGGUGGCCUUCUCGAUUGUGAGCAUUGAACUCGGAGUGGCUGGGUAUAUGAGCUUGUGGGAUGUCAACUUGGACUCGAUUUCAAUGAUCAACCUGAUUAUGUGCAUCGGUUUCUCGGUUGACUUUACAGCGCACAUAUGCUACACCUACAUGUCCUGCAAUGCAAAAACACCGAACGAAAGAGUCCGACAGGCACUAUACAGCCUUGGAAUGCCGAUCGUUCAGGGUAGCGUCAGCACCAUUUUGGGAGUAAUUGCACUGCUGCUGGCGGACAGUUAUAUAUUUUUGGUGUUCUUCAAAAUGGUAUUUUUGGUGAUCUUCUUCGGGGCGAUGCAUGGCUUGUUCCUGCUACCGGUGUUAUUGUCACUUUUUGGACCAGGAUCCUGUACUGCUGAUUCCGAAGACGAGCUUAAGAUGUCUGCGGUAGAGAAGGCAUAUCCACACCCGUAUUGUAUAUCGCAUCCUCAGCUAGCACUGACUGGGGCAUUCGGGAGUAAAACCUUUCUUGGAGCUCCCUACAAGGCGUACGGUGAUGAGAAAGACCUUGGACUAGGAACUUCCGGUGAGGAUUCCAGUGAAAGUUCUAGCAGCAAGUCUCAACGAAGACAGGCAAUCGAGGACGAAAACACGAGAAGACGAUACGAGGAAGGCUGGAGAAGAUCAUCACACAACCUAACCGGACAGAGUCAGUUUCAGCCCGUUUUGGAUCUGUACGGACAAGAAUCGGUAUGGUCGAAACCGAUCAGCAAGCCAUCGAUAAAAAUGGGCAAUAGUCGCUUUGUAUAUGAUAACGCCGUCAACAUAGCUCAGGGUCAGACUUCAACGAAGAAACAAUACGACUACGAAGAUGAUGCACGUCGGCUGGAGGACACACGAACUCGCAAGCACCGCUACGAAGACAACCGAACAUUCGAGGACGAUGAGGCCGCCGACGAUGACUAUCAGCACACGAACCGAUACUACAUGUACGACACCAGUCACGUGAAGCGCAUUUCCAAUGACAGCAACAACAGCGGCAGUGACAGUAACCACAGCAAUCCGCAUCGCCGAAAGUACUCAGACGAAGAUGACAACAACAAACGACGGCGCUUCAGCGACGAACGUCGUCCUAGAAAGUAUACCCCGCCGGAGGGUAUCUACAAACAGAACCCGCAUCGUUCAUCCUCGCAGCACAAUCUGUACUACCCGCGGCAGCCACCGCAGCGGACAGUGUCCCAGAACAGUUUGCAUCAACUGCGGCAUAUGGGUGAUAUGAGAUUUCCUUGAGAGCUAGCCAGGCCAGCUGACUUCUCAGAAAGUUGUACAUGUAAGCAAACGGUAGUAGCGGGUGGAUUCAACUAGCAGCAUAGCACUUUAAGUAGGCAAUUAGAACCUUUUCAGCCACAUCCGUUCGAGCUAUCCUCGAGUAUCGGGCGGAGUGCUUUCUUUAUUUUCCAAUUUACUAACUUUGUGCUAAUUGGACAUCCGACUCCAGAUCCUGGCUUCUGUUUCAGAAUUACCGUUUCGUUCUACUUAGAGAUUGUAAGCUUAACAAUAAUAUUAUCGAUGCAGUUGAAACCUGGAAAAUCCAACCAGCGACAAUCAUUUAGUGCUAAUCCAUGACGUCGGAAGUAGUGCGCUUUAUAACGCAUCAUUGUACGAAUAAAGCGCACUACUUCCGACGUGAUUCCAUUGUUUAGAACCAGAGAAAAUACGAUUGGCGCUGGUUGUAUUCUGCAGUUUUCAACUGCAACCAAAAUAGGAACAGCGAAUAAAAUGUCAUGACACUCAUUUGGCACAGUAGGCGCGAUAAUGUUUUACUUUUGAAAAUUCAUGCAAAAAUAUUUAAAAAAAAUCGAAUAAAUCUAUUGCGAAUGUAAAUUCGAUUAAUUCUAACUCAUUUCCAUGACUGUAAUGACAUUUGAUAACUCUACUGAUAUACUGAUAGCUAUUAUCUAUAUCGUCAUUCUGACGUUCAUUAGUUGUAUGAAUUGAACCAAAAUUUAAUCUUUGACUGAUGCGAUGUUUCUUGGAAGGAAAUAUGUGUGUACUUCAGCUUCGAACAACCAGUUAUAGAGCUAUGAGGUACAUCCUUCAUAUUUUACUAGUGCGCUCUAAAGUCUUAACACUGGGGUUCAAUUUAUUUAGACACGCUUAACUUUUAAACCAGGUUUACCGGUGCGUUAAACCAGCUUUGAAAGAUAAGCCGAGGUAAACAAAUCGGCCCUUAGUGUUCAGAACAUCGUAAACAGUGUUUCAAGAUGGCUGCAAAAAUGAGUACCGCCGAUUCUGCUUCUUAUUCUUGUUUUAUCGUCACAAUCAAAACAUUACAUCAUCACGCAAGAUAAAAUGACUUGUAACUGUAAAGUCUUAUCUCAGAUUGUCUAGAAAUCGAAUCACUGUAAUUAGCCAUAUUAGUUCUAUUUUUUCCGCGAGAUUUUGAUUCAUUUUUCAAAAAUCUAUAACUUUAAAUUUUUUACAACAAACAAAAAACAUGGGAAAACGGGUAGUCAACUGCUUACAGAAAGUUACGCUUGUGUAUGUGGCAUCGGUAUUAUUACUUUCGAGACGCCAACGGAUGCUGUAACAUAACACGAACACAACAGAAACUUUGCUAUUCUAUUCUAGUAUAGCGUCAUCUUAUGCCUGCACAACCACAGAGAAUAAAUAGACUUUCAUAUUCGUAUAAGUUAGCAAAAAAGUUUUGAAUUGUGUCGGCCAUUUUGGAUUGCUUGUCCCCAACUAACAUCUGCUUGUCAACGCUUGAAGGUAUAUUUUCCCCAAACCAUAUGUAUUUCCUUUCAACAUUGCAAUUCACCUUCCUUCGAAAUCUCUAAUGCACAACAGCCCGAGAAACGCUUCCACUGCUUAUCCUUUCCUUUAUACAGAGUCUCUGGGCAAAGUCUGCUUGUAUUAUAUUAGUGAAGUUAGCUGAAUAAUCUGAUCGCGAUUCGAAUGUAUGUGAGUAAACGGGUGCGAUUCGUGUGCAGUACAUAAUUUUAAUAAAGUGAAUUGUGACAACCAUUAUUGUUUGCGCCCUCAUCUCUAACUUAAUUGAAUAAAUUUAAGGGAAACGUAGACGAAAAUGUGUUAUUUAAUUUAGCCCCGAGCGGUAGGGAAAGGUCAAUCGAUAAGGGACCCACUGUUGUAUAAAAAAUGGAUACGGAGGUGAAUGUCUGAUAUUUCCAUUACACGUUAGCAAUUAGAAAAUAUAAUUAGAAGCGAACCAUUCGGAUAGAAGUUAAAAUAAAAAUAUAAUCAAACAGUUUCGAAGACCAACUUCCUGCGUCAUUUGUAAUGAAACGUAAUUUACUGGAUCAGGUUUAGACCGUAUCAUUAGACUUAUAACACAAAACAACGGAUUUGCUACAUCAAUCUAUCAUACCUAAUGAUACCAACAAUAUGUGAAAUAUUUCGUAUUCCCAAUUGGAGCUAAAAACCAGAUAUAUGAAACCUAAUAACUCAUGCAAGAGUAGAUCGAAACACUAAAUUAUCGAAACGACAAUAAACUUUGUAUGAAAAAUA